CACGGUUUCAGUGUAUUAACUAGAAAUGAGCCGGGUAUUAGAGUUGGAUGAUAACAUACUCUUUGAAAUAUUGAAUAGACUCAGAACUGUGGACCUUGUGAGGUUGUCGAUGACUUGCAGAUCAUUCAACAAUAUAGCCAAGCGACAUCUGAGCUUUGUCGGCGCACAUUGGGAUCAAUUUGAUGUACAACGAGCACCUGGUUUCCCAUCACCAAGUAAAUUACAACCUACGAUAAACUUUCACAAGGAUGAGGAUCUCACUACAGACGUCGAAGAGCAUAUCCCUGAGAUAUUCCCGCCUGCUUUUGGCCACCAAUCUGCCGUACAAAUACGUAGUUACCUUUAUUUACCUUAUUUAUCCGUAAACCCAUCGGUAUAUGUUCUUAACCUCAAGACAAGACUCUGGGACAGACAUUUUCUUAAGGUCCAAGCACCAAAGUAUGCCCCAAAUCAGAGCUACCAAUGGCAGCCCCUUAUGGCUCCAAUUACAGCUUAUAAUGAUGAGCUCUACUUGUUCGGUGGUACACGCCAUCCGAAAGUGAAGUCAGAUCAUCCGACACAGGCAACAACAAUCGACGAAAGAAGCACAGGCGUUUUGUCAGAUAGUAUAUAUAAGAUUAAUAUUGAGGAUUGGACAAUACAAGAGCUAGGAAAUAGUAGACAUCCAGAAGCUUAUCUUAACAAUUUCAGCAAACGACCUCGGAAGAGACCCUCUAACAGUAGUGGCAGCCAUGAGGAGUCUAUUUGGCCACCAGCUAGAAGAGGUCAUUCUAUUGCAACUAUGCGUGAUUCGCUUAUCGUAUUUGGUGGCAUUUGUGAAAAUUCCAUAGGGGAUAAUGACGUAUUUGUUUACGAUUUUAAACAAGAAACUUGGAAGCUACCUGAUAUAAAAGGGUCGGCACCUGAUGUUAGGUUCGGUCAUGCUCAGACUGUCGUCGGUGAUGAAAUUUUUUACUUCGGUGGCGCACAGGUUGAUGAACCGGUUAACGUCAUUUUUGAUAAUCUUCAUAAAUUAUCAUACAACGUCAUUGAAGAUAGUUUCACAUGGUAUAAUUAUCGCUCGCCAGAAGCUUAUUCUCAAGCUAGAUUCGAAAAAUUGAAAGUCAAGAGACAAUUCCAACAGCAUCAAAGAGAUGAAAAUAUGCAAAUAGAUACAGGCAUUCAGCGCAGGUAUACCGGAACUGAAUCUGAUGAUUCAUUGGAAGAUCUCAUCACCACUACUGGUCAGCCACCGCGAGAGAGAUUGGAAUCAACUAUGAUUCUCGUUGGUAGUCAUAAAUUAGCUAUAUUUGCGGGUGUUACUAUUGUCCCUGCUUCACAUGAUUAUGAGAAUUAUGAUGAAUAUUGCGCUUAUAACACUACAGCCAUUGAUGUUUUCGAUUUCCGUCAUAAUCAUUGGACUAGACUUGGUGUUUCUGGAAGUGGAUCAGCUAUUAAUACAUUCAUUGUUGAAAGUUGUUGCGCUUUUAUCGCACCACCAGGGUAUUAUGACCACGAUGCUUAUAAACCUCACGAUUCAGAACCCGAAGCAUGGCAAUUUAUUGUCGUCGGACAUAGACUUCAUUGGGUUGAUUUUCAAAUUAAUAAGUGUAGCACAGAUGCUAGAACAGAGGUUUUGAUUGAAGACCCGAAGAAAGGAUUAAAUGUUAGUAAACUAACUAGUCGGGCACCAAGUGAGAUAGUUUUGGAUAUUGGUAAAAUGAUAGGGUCUGGGGAAAUUGCGCCAACUUUAGCAGAUCAGAAUGCAGCGAUACAUGGGGAAGGCCCACGAUUACCAUCGAAUGGACAAACACGUCGACCAAGUCAGGAAGCUAGUUAUAUCUAUGGACCUACAGCUGGACACGUAAAACCAGCGGCAGUGGGUACGGUACCAAAAGUGCCUGACGAGGUGACGAAUGGAGGCUCAACGGUAAAAAAGUCCAAAGGGGAUAAAAUGGGAUCCUGGAUGACAUUUUAUAGUCGUGAUAAUACUGUAAUUUUAGCAUCUACGACGGCAAGGAAGAAAAGGAUUGGAGAGUCACCAAACGACAGUCCAUCGACAGAUUCCAGCGAUAGUAUGAUAAUGAUAGAUAACCCACAGGAUAAAAGUUCAACGGCUGGCGAGGUUGAUGAGCCUGAUGAUGUUGCCAACUCAUUUGGACCCUCACACCUCCGGGAGACAGGCUACAAUACGAAGAAAGGAGAGGAUGCAUUUUCUUUAUCUACAGUAGGAUUUGUAAAGAGUUUAGCAUUUAAAAGAUAAAUAAA